AUGAACCAUGAGGCUCCCCUCAGCAAGUCAUUUAUGCGACACCGUGCUUGCUCCAUGGACAUUCACUCAGCUGCUACAGACUGCGACAAUCGCGUCGAAUAUGGAUCCACUCGUUAUAGGCCACGGGCUGCAUCAGGCGAUUUUCAGUCCGGAAAACACACUAUUCUGAAAAAAUGUGUUGGUAGAGUUGGCAAUACUAGUAAAACCAUCGGGAAAUGUAACAUGGAUAUUAGUAUUGGUCAGCCAUUAAUUUCCAUCGAUAAGCCAUUUCUCGUAAGGGGGAAUAAGAUUGAUGGAAAUGGCGUAAUUGAUGAAGUUGAUUUGAACAUAACGAAUAGUCAAUUACUUAAUGAGAAAACGAACUUGGGGCCUACAGCAGCUGCAUUAGUAUCUGCCUCUAACAGUACUAUGGCUCCGUCCAGUAACAAAUCAAACAAAUCUGAUUAUUCUUUUCGUCCUUUCGAUGAUUCGGACGUCCAGGCUGACAACAUGAAUAUUGGAUUCAAUGCUCGGCAUGGUAUGUGA